AAUAUAGGUUCAAUUAUUUUAACCAGGUAAGAGGUUAUUGACAUGCAGAAGGUUUUUCCAGUUGGAAAUUUUGUUUGUUUGCACUAAAGACGUUUCUCACUUGCAUACAGUGGCAAUCUGAAAAUGAUAAUGGAAAGAAUUGUGCCAACACUUUGCAUUGUCUUUGUGGUAUUGUCUUGCAUUUUACAAGAAGGAUGUUCACAAACUCAGGAUGAAAAAAAGAAAAAAGGUGUCGGUAAAGAAGGCGGAGGCGGAGGCGACCCCCAUUUCAUGCUUAGAAUCGAUAGUCUUGAUUUUCCAGUCUGCUUCGAUAUUGAUGCAGUUGAAGGGGAUGUGAUCCGAAUGUUGAAAGAUCCCAUUUCAGGUAUAACAAUAAAUGGUGGCAUUGUAAGUUCAAACCAGAAAAAAGCAGACGGCAGUUUCAAGACUUUCAUCGGCGAACUUUACCUACAAACACACAAUGCCCAGAUCCACAUCAAACCAGACGACAUCACGUUCAAUGGCGCAUCGCUAUCAUGGAAUGAAGAACAUGUGUUUGAAAUGAAUAAUAUAAAAAUACAGUUCAAUAGAAAUAGACGCCAUGGCAAUAUAAUGCACCUUGAACUUGGAAAUGAUGUCGCUAUUGAGAUUCGUCGACUCAUGAAGGAAGAUACAGGUCUUAAUGUCAACUACUUGAAUAUGAACAUAGACAAAGAAACAGGAAUUUCAGAUAAAGCAGGGGGUAUUUUGGGUCAAUUUGUACACAAAAGGACAACGCUUAAGAAGAUCACAAUUGACAGCCAAGGAAGGAAACGUGGUCUUUUCAGAGAGAUUGAAAACGGACAUAAAACACAUUUUAAAGCAAUUUUACACCAGCAGCCAGAUGUUAUUACCACUGAAAUGGUGUGGUGUUGGAAUGUCCACAGAAGAACCGAAGGACUGCUUGAUGGUCAAUUGAGCGAUUAUUUUGUUUCUGAUAUAACGUCCGCAUAAAGAAAAAUAUAUUGUCUCAUUAUUUGACGCAUGCGGAAUACAAUGAAAAUGGCAUGAUAAAGUCCUCCAACUUUGAAUAUCGUUUGACCUUAAAGGUUUGUUCGUCAUAACGAAGAGACUAGUAGUUUAGCUGUUUCUAAAUUUUCAAGAAAUUGAUGACAAUUAUGUAUUUCAAAUAAUAAUUAAAAUUGAUAUUGAAUGUAUCCAAACAAGUAAAAGGCAUGAUCAUGUUAAAAAUGACAUGAUGUUCAAUUGGCUUGCACACUGUCAACAUAUAAAACACAUUGUUGAACUAUUAUAGUAUAUAUUUAAAAUAGAUAUUUUAGAGAGAGAAAAAACAUUGCAAAUGCAAUUUUCAAACAUUUAUCAGGUAUUCAUACAAUUUCGUGAGAUUCUCCAUUCCUCAACUCAAGACUAUGAAAACUUUUAU